AAGCGUUAGUGGGGUAGAAUUGAGUCGAGUUGGCCCAUUGAUUGCUGGUCAUGAUGUAAAGUUGGAUCUUCGUCAGGUGUUAGAAAAUUGUUAUUGUGCAUCGUGGGAAAACUAUUGGUGUAGCUGUAGGAAUCAUUAUAAUUAG